AUGGGAAAUAAUUCAAGUUCAUCUAAGUCAUCAAAUAAUUCAAAAAAAAAUAAGUCCUCAAAUCAGUCUAAUUGUACCUAUUUAGAAGUUAUAUUUAGCUAAUUAAUAAUAAUAACCUCCAUAAGUUCAUUUAAAAUCCACAGGAUAAGUUCCUCCUCCGAAUGGUUAUAAAUUUCAACUCAUAGAUGAAGAGACAGCUAAAUAACUUGAAGAUGCAAUUGUAGAAUAGCAAGUUAUAGUUGAACAUUAAGAUCAGCAAAUCGAUGUUGAUGCAAAAGUAGGAGAAACCAUAGAGAGGAUUAAUAUCAAUAUGAUAGCUAGAUAAGAUGUGGUUACAUUAAGUUAGUUUCCUUAAAUUUUACCAGUGAUAUUAUAAGUUUAAGCAAUAAAAUCGCAAUUAAAGCAUGCCAAAGCAAACAUUGAUUUAAUUUGUGUCGUAGAUGUUAGUGGAUCUAUGGAAGGUAAUAAAAUUGGCCUUGUAAAAGAUUCAUUAAGAUAUAUCUAAAAAAUUUUGAGUCCAAAUGAUAGGUAUCUUAUUUUUAUAUAAUAUUAGAAUUGCAUUGGUAACAUUUGGUACUUAUUCAGCCAUCAAUUUACCUUGGACACUCAAUAAACCAGAAAACAAAUAAAAAAUUAAAGAUGCAAUUCUAGGGAUGAAAAUCAGAGACUCUACAAAUAUUGCAGAUGGUGUGAAACUAGGAUUAAGAAUGAUAAAAUAGAGAAAAUAAAAAAACCCAGUAACUUGCAUGUUUGUGUUAACAGAUGGUUAAGAUGAUAAUAAAGGAGCAGACGACAGAUGUUCAUAAGCUAUUAAUGAAUACCAAAUUUAAGAUACCUUCGUUAUAAAUACUUUUGGAUAUGGAUAGGAUCAUGAUGCAAAGGUUAUGAAUAACAUAUCAAAUUUAAAAGGUGGAACAUUCACAUUUAUUGAAAAUAUUUCUAAAGUAAUCUAUUAGUGUAAAUGUUAGGCUUCCGAACAUUUUAUUUUGGCAAUGAGUGGAAUGUUAUCUGUUUUGGCUAAAAAUGUUAAGUUCAUAAUUGAAGAAAAUCCUAAGUAUCCUAUAAAGAAACUCUAUGGAGAUGAUUUUCUUUGGCAUAAAAUUGAAGGGUCUAAAUAUUUAAUGAAUAUGAAUUAUUUAUUGGAAGGUGAAAAUAAGGAAUUUGCUUUGGAGAUUGAAAUACCGCCAAGUGACAAAAUUAAUUAAUAAAAUGAGAUAGUAUUAAGAACAAAUUUAGCAGGAGAAUUUUUAGAACUGAAAACAAAUUUUACAAAAUAAUAAGAACUAAAAAUUUAGUUUUCUUUACAAGAAAUCCCAUAUUAACCGAAGGAGAUAGUAGAAGUUAAUUAUUUGAGGGCAAAGGCUGGUACUAUCAUUGGAACUGCAAAGGAAUUGGCAAAAAUUAAAAAAUAUGAUUAAGCUCAACAAUCAUUAAAUAAAAUGAUUGACGAAAUUGAACAAUCUCAUUUUAUUGCUUCAAAGGCGUUAGAAAUUGUAAUCGCGGAUUUGAAGUAAAUUAAAGAUAUUUGUAAGCCAUAAUUAUUUGAAUAGAAAGGAGAAGCGUUGAUGUUAAAUAAAUAGAAAAAUCAUAUUUAGAGAUAAUAAUCAUUAAGUAAUAUUCUAAAUCAAUAAAUUAGAUAAUUCUAUGGAAUGGAAUAGUGAUCAAGAAGAAUAAAUUGAAAACUUUAAAUAAGGAAAGUUAAAUUUAAGUGUAUGUGAUAUGGAUGAUGAUUAUCAAAAGAAUGCAUAAUUUGACUCACCUGUCUAAUAAUUUAGAAAAAAUUCAUUUGAUUCAAAUUAAUCAUAUUGA